CGAUGCACCCACCCCCACUCCAGGAACAGGGCCGCGACCGCACCGGAGCUUCAAGCGGCAAGCCGUGCGAAGGCCAUACAUACAUGGCAAGGGCGUAUCUCAAAGCAGCAGCAGCAACAGCACAUGCGCGAUGGCGCAAUCCGUCUCCAAAACGACAGCAUAAAAAAGCGGCCCUGCCUGCAAGCAAGCACCCCGCCAUCCAACUCAAACACCAAACAAACCCUCCACCUACCUACCACCACCACCAACAACAGCAGACACGACAAAAACAAUGACGACCCCCCAAGCCGACCGCAUCCUGCUCUUCGGCGCGACCGGCCUCAUCGGGAAAUACAUCACCGCGGCGAUCGUGGGCGCGCAGCCGCCGUUCCCUCGCGUCGGGAUCUUCACGUCUAAGCACACGGUUGAGGCUAAGAAGGACGAGAUUGCCGAGUUGAAGGCGAAGGGGGUUGAGGUUUUCGUAGGCGAUGUGGGUGAUGUGGGGGUCGUGAAGGGCGCCUUGGAGGGCUUCACGACGGUAAUCAGCGCGCUCGGCCGCAACGCGCUAACACAGCAGUCCACGCUCCUACGCGCCGCGGCCGACUCGCCCAAUAUCACGCGCUUUUUCCCCAGCGAGUACGGCACCGACGUCGCCUAUGAUGCGAGCUCUGCGGGCGAAAAGACGCAUCAGGCGAAGCUGGCGGUGAGGAGGGCGAUUGAAGAUGAGGGGGCUGUGAGGGAGGGCAGGUUGCAAUACACGUAUUUGGUCACGGGGCCGUAUCCGGAGCUCUUUUUUGCGGCGCCCGCUGGUGGGGAGGGACGGGUGGGCGGGUUUGAUAGGGUGGGGAGGAGGGCGUGGGUCGUGGGUGAUGGGGCGGGAGGGGUAGCAUUUACGACAAUGCCGGACGUGGGCAAGUUCCUCGUCGCGGCUCUCCGCAACCCUGACGCCGCGCGCAACCGCGCGCUCAGAGUGCACUCCUUCACGAGCACGCCCAACGACGUCGUGAAGGAGUUUGAGCGCCAGACCGGCGAGAAAUGGGAGGUGGAGUUCGUGCCGCUGGCGGAGCUGGAAAGGUUUGAGCAAGAGGCGUGGGAGAAGGGGGAUCCGCUUGCGGCAUUGGCGACUUUGAGGCGUAUUUGGGCGAGCGGGAAGACGCUGUAUGAAGGGGGUUGGGAUGACGGGGCUUUGGGGGUGGAGGUGGAGGGGUUGGAGGGGACUGUGAGGAGGGUGCUUAGGGGGGAGUGAGGGGGUUAGGCAUUGAGAUGUGAGAAUUAUACGGUAACUUAGGUAGGUAGAUAGAGAGGGCGAGAAGUUAUACGAAGC